AUGGCUACCGCCAUUGAGACCGAGCCCGGAUACGUGGGCAAUCUAGACUCAACGCAGGAGCAGAAACUUCUCCAGUUCUGGCGGAUUCUGAUGCAGUCAUGGGACUCAGAUGUUCCUCCUUUGGAUCCAGCCCGGAGAUCAUCGAUCUCCUCGAACGCUACUAACAAAGCACAUCGACGUUUCUUCUCCCUCAGUCGUGCACCUGCCCAACCAACGGAGGAAGAAUUAGCUGCGAUUCCGGCAAAUCUACUGUCCAACCUCAAGAGUCUCGACGCUGGCCCUGGCGAGCUGAAGACAGUCGGAUCACUUCUGAUCAAACUUCCUGGAGACAAGCUACGAUCUGCCUUUUUGACCCUCCUCAAACAAGAUCACCCUGACGCGCUUCUAUUGCGCUUCCUUCGUGCAGAGAAAUGGAAUGUUCCCAAAGCGUGGAUCAAGUUCGUUUCGUCUUUGAAUUGGCGAGUCAAUGAAUACAAGGUCGACGAAGAGGUCUUGCUCAAAGGAGAAGAGCACAAUCUCCAAAAGUCGCGACUGGAGGGCAACUCAGCUGAGAAGAAAGAUGGCGAGGGUUAUGUGCUUCAACUCAAUACUGGAAAGGGGUACUUGCACGGGUGUGAUAAAUUUGGUCGUCCUAUUUGCGUCGUUCGAGUCCGAACUCACGAUCCAAGUCAACAAACACAAAAGGGUUUGUUCGACUAUAUCAUUCAUUGCAUCGAGUCAGUGCGCUAUUUACAAGUGGCACCCGUUGAAUCAAUGGCCAUUGUCUUCGACCUGACAUCUUUCAGCCUUUCAAACUGGGAUUUCCCUCCCGUCAAGUUCAUUAUUGAUAGCUUCCAAGAGAACUAUCCUGAAUCGCUCGGGGCGAUGAUAUUCUACAAUGCGCCCUGGAUCUUCUCCGGAUUCUGGAAGAUAAUCCACGGAAUUCUCGACCCGGUAGUCGCAUCCAAGGUCCACUUCAUCACCGGCGCGAAGGAACUUGAGGAACUUGUUCCAAAAUCACAAAUCCUGAAAGAGAUCGGUGGUGAGGAAGACUGGGACUACAAGUACAUUGAGCCCUUGCCCCAAGAAAAUGACCGACUGAAGGAUACUGCCACACGAGAUAUCAUCCUGGAUGAGCGGAAGAGCCUUGGAGAUGAGCUUUUCAGCGUCACUACGAACUGGAUCUCCCAGAUCGAUGUGGAGUCCUCGCUAGUCCGCCGUGAUGAGGUGAUCAAGAGCCUCAGUGCGAACUAUUGGAAGCUUGAUCCGUACGUCCGCGCUCGCAGCCUUCUUGAUCGUACUGGUGUUAUCAAGGAGGGAGGGAAGAUUGAUUUCUACCCUACUAAAGUCACGAACAAGGUCGAUGAGAAGUCGGAUGUGGUGACCGAGCAUAUCGAUGAGGCACAGCCGACUGCAGUGACCGCUUGA